GUGCGGGCGGGGCGAGGCUUCCGGACGCGCUGUUGCAUCAGCUCGGGAGCGAGGGCAGGCGGAGGCAGCAGCAGGAGCAGCUCCGGGAUGGCAGCAGCCGCCAGCGCCGAGCACGGUAAAGGCAAACGUGUGCAGCCUCCCUGGUCUCCCCCUGAAGGGACAAAACAUUCCAGGCUCUGCCUCUACAACAGCCUGACACGCAGUAAGGAAGUAUUUCAGCCUCAGAAUGGAAAAAAGGUCUUGUGGUAUUGCUGUGGUCCAACAGUUUAUGAUGCUUCUCACAUGGGACAUGCCAGGUCCUACAUCUCAUUUGAUAUCCUGAGAAGAAUCUUGAGGGAUUAUUUUAAAUAUGAUGUUUUCUAUUGUAUGAAUAUUACAGAUAUUGAUGACAAGAUCAUCAAGAGAGCAAGACAAAAUCACCUUUUUGAACGAUAUAGAGAGAGCAAAUGCACACCAGAUCAGCUGCUUGAAGAUGUUAGAACUGCCUCAGAGCUCUUUUCAGUUAAACUAAAUGAAACAACAGACCCAGAUAAGAAGCAAAUGUUGGAAAAAAUUCAAAAUGCAGUCAAGUCUGCUUUUGACCCUCUACAAGAAGCUCUCCAAGCAAAGCUCCCUGCUGAAGAGAUCAGCAGAUGUCAUGAGACACUAUUGGAAGAAGCCAAAGAUUUGCUGUCUGACUGGUUGGACUCAAAAUUUGGCAGUCAGGUGACUGACAAUUCCAUAUUCUCAAAGCUCCCCAAGUUCUGGGAAGGGGAAUUUCAUAAAGAUAUGGAAGCACUCAACGUUUUACCUCCAGAUGUUUUAACACGGGUUAGUGAAUAUGUGCCAGAAAUUGUGGAUUUUGUGAAGAAGAUUGUGGAUAAUGGUUAUGGGUAUGUGUCUAAUGGAUCUGUAUACUUUGAUACUAUGAAGUUUGAUGCCAGUGAAAAACACUCCUAUGCUAAGUUGGUGCCUGAAGCUGUAGGUGAUCAGAAAGCUCUUCAAGAGGGUGAAGGUGACCUGAGCAUCUCAGCUGAUCGCUUAAGUGAGAAACGUUCUCCAAAUGAUUUUGCUUUAUGGAAGUCCUCCAAGCCAGGAGAGCCCUCAUGGGACUCUCCAUGGGGAAAGGGUCGUCCAGGUUGGCACAUUGAAUGUUCUGCCAUGGGUGGAUCUGUUCUAGGAGAGUCGAUGGACAUUCAUGGAGGAGGCUUUGAUCUCCGAUUUCCUCACCAUGACAAUGAACUGGCUCAGUCUGAGGCAUAUUUCGAAAAUGAUCACUGGGUUCGGUAUUUUCUGCAUACUGGUCACUUAACAAUUGCUGGCUGUAAAAUGUCCAAAUCUUUGAAGAAUUUCAUUACCAUAAAAGAUGCACUGAAGAAACACACAGCACGACAGUUACGGCUGGCUUUCCUCAUGCACUCUUGGAAGGAUACACUGGAUUAUUCAAGUAAUACCAUGGAGUCAGCUAUUCAGUAUGAGAAGUUUAUGAAUGAGUUUUUUUUGAAUGUGAAGGAUAUUCUUCGAGCUCCCACUGAUGUGACAGGCCAGUUUCAGAAAUGGGAAAAUCAAGAAGCAGAGCUGAACAAAAAUUUUUACGAGAAGAAAGCAGCGAUUCACGAAGCACUGUGUGACAAUGUUGACACCCGCUCGGUUUUAGAAGAAAUGCGCUUCUUAGUCAGCCAGAGUAACUCCUAUAUUGCUGCAAAGAAAUCCUCCAGACAGAUGCCAAACAGACUUCUUUUAGAAAACAUCAGCUCCUAUCUCACUCAAAUGCUAAAGAUUUUUGGUGCCAUAGAAAGUGAUGAUGCAAUUGGUUUUCCUGUUGGAGGGACUAGUCAAAACAUAAAUAUUGAGUCUACAGUGAUGCCAUACCUCCAAGUUCUUUCUGAGUUCAGAGAAGGAGUGCGACAAAUUGCCAGAGAGAAGAAAGUAACUGAAGUGCUGCAGUUGAGUGAUGCUCUUCGGGAUGACAUCCUGCCUGAACUUGGGGUUCGAUUUGAAGAUCAUGAAGGACUUCCAACUGUGGUUAAAUUAGUGGAUAAGGACACAUUAUUGAAAGAAAGAGAAGAAAAGAAAAAGAUAGAAGAAGAGAAAAAAAGGAAGAAAGAAGAAGCAGCCAGGAAAAAACAACAGCAGGAAGCAGCAAAACUGGAAAAAAUGAAGAUUCCACCACAUGAAAUGUUUAAAUUGGAACUUGACAAAUAUUCCAUGUUUGAUGAAAAUGGAUUUCCCACCCAUGAUACAGAAGGCAAAGAACUUAGCAAAGGACAAAUUAAGAAGCUAAAGAAACUUUAUGAAACCCAAGAAAAGCUACACAAGGAGUAUCUACAAAUGGUUCAGAAUGGAAGUGCAAAUUGAAAACAACAGGACUUUUUAUGUAGAAGGCGAGUGCUGGGUUCCCAUUGAAGAAGUGAGCAUAUACUGCUGCUUAAAUUUCUGUUUACACUUUCUAUUAUGUGCAAAGUCAAAUUCCUGUUUACGUGGGUUAAUAAUGUCAUCUGGAAAUGUAAUAAAAAUCUAUCAUUAAAAAAAAAGCCAACAUGUAAGAAGUUUCUUCUCAAUGAUAGCAAAUGUGGUUGCCAGUUCUGUUUGUGAAGGUGCUGCUCAGUCAGCAAAUCCACAUAAGGAUUCUUGUUCAUUCUAGCUGUUCAGGCUUUGGUUAAUUUGUCCUGCAUACUGAUCUCUAACUAAUACCCCAUGUUACAGUCAGAAAAAUGUAUUGCUAAAAGGGAGCUGAGUAAUUUGCCCCACAGUAAGAACAGUAUUUUCCAGAUGACUUUAGUAUCUUUACAUAAGCAGGAAAAGUGGGUAGUUCCACUAUGAUACUUAUUCUAGCUGCUGUUAUUAAAAACACUCAAAAGUAUACCCAAAACACUUUGCAUAGUAGAAGUUAACAGUCCCUUUGAAAAAGGGAACAGAGCAUCAAGCUGCCAUUGCAGUCAAGUGGGUAAGUACCAGGCAAUGCACCUGCAUUGAACCAACAGCUGGGAGAGACAUGAAGGGCUGAUGGCAGAGGUGGUGUGUCCUUGGAGCUAUCCCUUCAAGGAAACAGGAGUCCUGCCAAAGUACCUGAUUACCCAAAGUACUCAGUACCUAAUUACCAGUUCAGAGCCAUGGGGAAUUAACAGAGGGUUUCCUACUGAUAUACAGUUUGUGGAUUGAUUUGCAACUGGGGAAUAUAGCUAGGCAUUGCCCUGUAGUUAAGACUGAUGUUUUUAACGUGAUGAUUUAACCCUGAGAUAAAAGCUUUUCUGAUGCAGUAUGGUCACACUAUACUGCAGGGAGAAUUCUUCAUUGCCUAACAAUGCAUUUCACUGGCAGAAGCUACUAAAUGAGCUAAAGUUCAUGAAAUCCUAAAAAAUAUCUCACCUACUUCACAGCUGCACAGAACAGCCAAGUGUCUGAUUUGCAGAACUAUAUUCAUUCAGUAUUCUCAAGGUGACUUGCAAAGAGUCAUACUGUGACACCUCUGUUUUCUCAACUCCUAAGUUCAUGCUACAGUGAUCAGGCUAUGUCUCUUUUCGUAAUAAGGACUUAAAACAUCUGUGCUUUUCCUUGAUAUUUUUAUAUUUAUAUUCCUCCUUCUGAGAAAUGAACACAUUAUUUGGAGUAACAGAAAGGUCUAGCAGGGUUUUUUUCUAAUUUGUCUGUAUUUGCCUUUGAAAACAUACAUAAUGUUAAGGUCAGUAAAGCAGAUACAUCUUGUGUGCAGAAAAUAAAAUCUGUUGUGAAAUA